UUUCUUUUAUUUUGGCUAUUUCUUAAAAGUAAUUCAUUUUUCACAGAUCCCUUUUUUGUCAGUUUACAGUAAAAAAUCUACUUACCGAAAAAGGAAACAAAAAGAGUAAUCCAAUUUCGUAUUUAACUCUCUGCCCGGAGAGAUCUGAUCUUUCCCCUAAUUCGAAAACCCCGAAAUGGAAGAGAUCGCCGAUCAAACCUUCUUCCGCUACUGUCUCCUCACCCUAAUAUUCUCCGGACCACCGACCGCCGUCGCUCUCAAAUUCCUCCAAGCUCCUUACGGCAAACACAACCGUACCGGAUGGGGUCCGACCUUAUCUCCUCCGAUUGCUUGGUUUCUCAUGGAGAGUCCGACCUUGUGGCUAACGCUCCUUAUCUUCCCCUUUGGUCGUCACGCUCUCAAUCCUAAAUCUCUCAUCUUAAUCUCUCCUUAUCUCCUCCAUUACUUUCACCGCACCAUCCUUUACCCUCUUCGUCUCCUCCGCAGCUCCUCUGGAAAAAGUGGUUUUCCGAUCAGUAUCGCCGCCAUGGCUUUCACCUUUAAUCUCCUCAACGCUUAUAUCCAGGCGAGGUGGGUUUCUCACUACAAGAAUGACUACGAAGACGGACAUUCGUUCUGGUGGCGGUUUAUUAUUGGGUUGGUGGUUUUUAUAGCCGGUAUGUGGAUUAAUAUCACAUCGGACCGGACUUUGGUACGUUUGAAGAAAGAGAACCGGGGAGGUUAUGUGAUACCGAGAGGAGGUUGGUUCGAGCUAGUAAGCUGCCCGAAUUACUUUGGAGAAGUCGUAGAAUGGUUGGGCUGGGCUGUUAUGACUUGGUCUUGGGCUGGUAUUGGGUUUUUUCUGUACACUUGUUCCAAUUUGAUCCCGCGCGCAAGUGCGAGUCACAAGUGGUACAUUGACAAGUUCAAGGAUGAGUAUCCCAAAACUCGAAAAGCUGUUAUUCCUUUUGUGUACUAAAUUAAAAUAUGUGAUUCAUUAUCCAUCCUUAUGUCAUAACAUUAUAGUGAAUUUGUAUCAAAGUUUUCAGUAAUUUGGUUAGAUUCAACAACAGUGAAAAAAACUGUGUAUUAUUAUGUAGACAAAUUUAUAAAUAUCAAAGGUUUGAGCACAAGAGGGGGUGAAAGCGUUACGUACGUCAUGUGAGACUGACUUAGAAAGACAAAACUAAGUGUUCUAACCAAACAAGAAGACAUAACAAUACA